CAUCCUUCGCGGUCGUUGAAGGAAUAUGAAAACGGCCAUGUCGUGGUAGGAACCAACACAGAGUCGAGCGAGUCUGAUCCGAGAUAACUUUCAUGUACUUUCAUCUAAUGAAGCCUAAACCCUAAAGGUCUCAAAAUAAAAUAGCAUACAUCUCUUUGGACCGAAGACUGGUUUAGUUGAAGUAAGUGCGUCGUUUCAAACGGAAAAAACAUGAGCGGAGGAGGGACGCCGUACAUUGGCAGCAAAAUUAGCCUCGUCUCCAAGGCCAAGAUUCGCUAUGAAGGAAUUCUGUACACCAUUGAUACGGAGAAUUCGACGGUAGCUCUUGCUAAAGUACGCUCUUUCGGCACUGAAGAUCGCCCCACUGACAGGCCUAUUCCUCCCCGAGAUGAAGUGUUUGAGUACAUCAUCUUCCGAGGAAGUGAUAUACAGGACCUCACAGUUUGUGAGACACCCAAAACCACUAGCAGUCUCCCCCAGGACCCUGCCAUCGUUCAAUCUUCAAUGGGAUCUACUAGUGCUCCUGGGUUCAGCCGGGCCCCUGUCACACCUUACAGCCAGUUUGGAAUGGCAACACUUGCAGCGCAGCACUUUGAAUCUGCUGCAGCGGGAGGGCCCAUGAGUUCCCUGGAGUCUUCAACAAAAGGUCCCACCCUGGAACAGGCAGUGAAGGCCCCACCAUCAGCUGCUUCAGCUCCACCAGCACCAGUAGGACAGAGGAGUCAGCCAGUGGUUGCAGCUCCCACCAGACCCACCAGUAGCACCACUGGCAGUCAGAAGCCACCAGACCUACUGGAGCAGAGACAUGCACCUGAGGUUCAGAAGGUGUUGCAGCCAAAUGGUGAACAGGGUGCUGUUGAAAAUCGGGAUCCCAACAGACGUCAUCAAAUUGUCGGUGCUCAGGCCAACCGCCGCGCUCGUGGAAAAGGAAACCGCAGCAGAGGCAGAGUAAAUGUGCGAAGGGAUGGCACCAUAAUGAAGUUUGAUCAAGACUUUGACUUUGAGACUGCCAACGCCCAGUUUCACAAAGAUGACAUUGACAAGGAGCUCCAGACCAAGCUCAAACUGAAAGAUGACAAGGCACUGAAUGGAGAAGAAACUGCUGACCCAGAACAUCCAGCUACUGAGGGAACCACUGAGGAGGAUGAGGCUGUGAUAAAUGCAUGUUACUAUGACAAGACCAAGUCCUUCUUUGAUAACUUGUCCAGUGAUGGUUCAAGUAAAGGGGGUGAAAGAGGAUUUUCAAGGGAUCGAAGGCCAACCUGGGCCGAGGAGAGGCGCAUGAAUGCCGAGACGUUCGGGAUUCCCCUGAGACACAAUCGAGGAAGAGGGGGUUUCCGCGGCCGAGGCUUCAUGGGACCCCGUGGAGGUCGAGGGCGACCAAUAAGUCGGGGUUCCUUCGGGUCCUUCGGUCCACCCCGAGGUGCUCCACCUGGUUUCAGAGGGGGAUUCCGAGGUGGCAGAGGAGGCCGGGAUUUCUCUGAUUUUGAAUACAGGGAUAACAAGGUGGCCGCAUAGUGAGACCGCAACGGCUCCUCAACGAACUGUUGCUCCCCUCAUUAUGAAAUUAUUCAAGCUCAAGAAAUUUCCUUUGGUCUCCACAUUUGUCAAAAAAAAAAAAUGAAAGACUUCCUCUCAGUCACCAGCACCAGGGUUGACUGAAGUGACUGUUCGAUAUCAGGGGGUCAGAGUAGAGAAGUUUAGUUUGAUAAACAGUCAAUUGGACGGACAACAUGUAUAAAAACAACCCUGCUUUUUUGAAGUCACUCUUUAUUUUUCCAUUUUGAGUUCAUUUCUUACUGAUGGCCUCUUUGGUAUCGUACCCUGUCUGCAGAAAGUCCACUGAAACUGUGAGCAGAUCACACACGUGAUCAGUAGCUUUAUUUUACUUUCCUGAUGUAUCUGAUGGCACCAAAUUCCAUUGCCUGUUGCACCAUAUUUUUACUCUGCUCAUACUUCAGCUGGUUGCCAUGUAUUUUGUAUUUUAUCCAGUUUGCAGGAGGGAGUUUGGGUUUUUCUUUCCCCCAUCCUCAGUGAAAUUGUGAGGUCAAAGCCAGCUGGGGGGGAAAAAAGUCAACUAAAAUUUGUAAAGAUUGAAUGUAUAUCUAGCUCGUCUACGCUUUAGUGCCCUCCAGUAAAUCUCACAACAGACAGACUCACUUCUAGUUUUUAGAAAUGCGCUCAGUAGGUACAAAGAUUAGCUCAUGCUUAAACCUCCAUGUCGGAUGAUUUUUCUGCUUCAGGUUUGUGUAGCUGGAGACUUGUUAAAGACAACAGCCUAAUGCAGGAAUGCCAGUUAUUUGAUCACUGUAUGGAGUUUCACAGCAAUAGCUUUAGAAGUGUUUGUUAGGUUUUUUGUUUGUUUGUUUUUUACCAGGUCUGUUUACAAGGUUGACUUAAUAAAGAAGAGCAUUCCCAUGAUUUGUGUCUGAAAAAGAGAAUCUUCUGUUAAGAAAGAAAGGCCUAGUGUUAAUUUGUUCCCAAACAUUUGGUCACAAUUCUGAACAAGUUACCUGGACUGCAAAUGCCAAAAAUAAUAAUGUGAGGGGAUUUAGUUGAGAUGAAACAAUUGUCAACCAUCAAGUCACAUUUUCUCAUUUACCUUCCUUUUCAGUCUACCUACUAGGUCCAAACAUCAUGAGCCCUCAGUUAAAACAUGCCUUUUUUAUUAUUAUUAUUAUUAUUAUCAUUAUAAAUAGCAUUGUUUGUCUUAGUGUUGUGUCAUUUGCGUUGUUGUUGCUGUCAUUACACAGCUCUUUCUUUCCCACUGCAGCACUGAAAUACCUGCAGUGUUGUGAGGAUUGUUUACUGAAAAUGGGAAGUCUUGUAAAUGGAUGGAAUGAUGUCUCAAAGUGUCUGUUGAGUAUUGAUGACAGCAGGCCUGGCCGAUAUCAGACGUCUGGCUUCUUUGUUGUCAAUGUGGUUGUUCUAUGGAGUGUCUUUUUUUUCUUUUUUCUACCAACAUGUAAACAAAGGGACAAGAACUGGAUGUGAUGCCAAUGCGGGAUAUUCCUUUUUUUUUGGCUCUGAUUUGACAGUACUUAAUUAGGGAGUGCCUUCAGAGUGGUCAGUUUUUUUACAGCUCUCCCUUUAACUUCAAGGUUACUCUUUGACUAAUGUGUUGAUAGCACUACACACUGAUACUCGGUCCUCUUUCCGUAGCCAUGGUUGUUUAAAACAAAGCAGCCCAGCUGACUGCGCUGUUGAAGUUAAUAUUGCAGAAUGCCUAUCAUUUGCAUGUCAGCCAUCAGACCCAUCACUUUAUACGGGCUUUCGCAAUAACCAGCGAGAUUGAAUCUGAGACAAAAAGUAUUGGUGAGCAAUUCAAAACUGACAUGUUUUCAUAUGUUUGUUACUCCUUCCAGUCACUGGAAUUGUAAACGAGGAAUUGUUUUCUUGAGACUAUAAGCAAAAUUGAGUUUUUACAUUGAAUAAAGAAUUGUACAAUA